GGAAACCUCAGCUCCAUUCUGGAAGACUCCUCCCAGCAAGGGCUGAAGAAAUCUGUGGAGUCUAAUGCCAGUUUCAGUGAGGAGAUAAUAGCAGAGAGUAUCCUCAAGGUAGAACCCUACAAAUACAUCAUCAAUGAAGAAGACAAGUGUCAGGAAAAGGAUCCUUUCUUAGUGUUAUUGAUUACCGUUCAGCCCCAGCAUGUUCAGGCCAGGGAUGCCAUCAGGCAGACGUGGGGGAAUGAGAGCGUGGCUGAGGGCGUGGGAUUUGUACGGCUCUUCCUUUUGGGAAUAAGAGAAGGACUUACCACCAGCCAACUGCAGAGCUCCAUAGAGGCAGAGUCUCAACAGUAUCAUGACAUUAUCCAGCAAAACUACAUAGACUCGUAUUACAACCUUACCAUCAAGACACUGAUGGGAAUGCACUGGAUAGCAACGUACUGCCCAGGAGCUAGUUACGUCAUGAAGACGGACAGUGACAUGUUCGUCAAUACGGAAUACCUCAUCCAAAAACUUCUCAAUCCCAGCCUUCCGCCAAAGCUAAAGUAUUUCACUGGAUUCCUCCUGAAAGACGAGCCCCCAAUCAGAAAAAAUGACAGUAAGUGGUACAUUUCACCAGAGGUGUACUCCGACGACAUGUACCCUCCUUUUUGCUCAGGAACUGGAUACGUCUUCUCAGGCGACCUGGCAGAGCUGAUAUACAGGACUUCUCUGAGCAUACGACGGCUGCAUCUUGAGGAUGUAUAUGUAGCGAUCUGCCUGGCAAAACUGAAGAUAGAACCAGUUCCUCCGCCCAACAAAUCCCUGUUCAAUGUCAACCGGGUACCAUACUCCAGCUGCAAAUACAGCAAACUGAUAACCUCUCAUGGGCUCCUUCCCACUGAGAUAAUAAAGUACUGGCAGGACCUGCAGAGGAACAAGCACAACGCCUGCUAAAGUAAAAGUUCAGACGUUCAAACAACUAGAACUGGAACAACUCUGGAAACGUUUCAUUGGGGGGCGACCCAGUUGAAAGUGGGAACAGAGGUGGUCCAGACCCUUUGCCAAACAGAAGUUUGAUAAGCACAAGAACAUUCCUCGGAAUGAGAGAAAAGUAACCGUUCUCCAUCAGAGAACAACUCAGUUUCACAAGAAUUAAUGUAAAGCUAUAACGAUUUCCCUCAACGUAAAGGUAUAACGAUCAGGGUCUGAAUAACUGCAAGUCUGUAGCAUAAGUAGAACCUGACCAAUAUACACCAUGUGGCUGAUAAUAUCAGCCAAUAUUGAUCUCCCAAAGAUCAUACUUAUAACAGAAAACAUGUAAAUGUAAAGCUAACCUAUAUCAGAACAAAAACAUAACAUACAAAGCCUUUCUGAGAUAACUAAUAUAAAAUAAGAAAGAUAAUCCACAAAUAUAUAUAUCAUGGGUGGGCAAUGACUGUUGCAGAACAGCCUUUUUGCAGACUGAUGUUUUUAAAGACUGAUGUAUUUACAGACGGAUGUUUUAUCAAAUAAAAUGAGUUUGUGUCCUUUA